AUGUCGCUUUUCCGCGCAUCAUCGUCCUCCUUUUCGCGACAUUUUACAACACGAACGAAAAAGAGAUCUGAAAGAAGAAAAGAAACACGACCGCGAAUGUUGCGUUCAAUCGGACGAAAAGUGUUCGCGUCGGUCGGAUAUUCCGAUGCAAAAAGCGGCGAUGUCAAAGAAAAAACGGGAGAGGAGAUACGAAAAGAAAGCGCAGAGGUGAGGAAACAGAAAGUGUACUUGUUCACGAAAUCGCGAUGCGACGGCGACGCGACGAUGAAAUCAAUCUUGGGAGGGAAAGGUGCUGGACUCGCGGCGAUGACGAACCUCGGGUUGAGAGUGCCACCGGGAGCGACGCUGAGCGUGAACACGUGCAAGGAAUAUCUCGAAAGAGGGAAAGAGAUAUUCAAAGGCGGGUUGGAGGAGUUGAUUUUCGAAGCCGUGGACGUGAUCGGCGAGGAAGUGUCGAAGAUAUUCUGGAGAAAGAGUACGGAUUUUGUCGGCGAGGAGUUGCCUUUGUUGUUAUCCGUGAGAUCUGGGGCAGCUGCGAGCAUGCCUGGGAUGAUGGAUACGGUGUUGAAUCUAGGAUUGAACGAUCGAGUGGUGGACGCGUUGACGGCGACGUCUUUUACGGAGGAAUCUGGGAAACGUUUUUUGUACGACGCGUAUCGACGAUUGUUGGAUUUGUUCGGAGACGUCGUGUUUGGGAUUCCGCACGAAGACUUUGAGAGAAAACUGAGAAAGUUGAAAGAGUUGAGAAACGCGCAAAACGACGUCGAUUUGAACGCGGAUGAUUUACAAUCUUUGUGCGAAAGUUACAAAGACGUCUACGACGCGCACGAUAAAACGUUCCCGCAGGAUCCGGAGGAACAGUUGAUGUUAACCAUCGAGGCGGUAUUCAAGUCUUGGAAUAACCCGCGCGCGCGCGUCUACAGAGAGGUGACCAAGACAACUGGCCUAGCGGGAACUGCCGUCAAUAUUCAAGCGAUGGUGUAUGGGAACUUGAACGACAAGAGCUUGAGCGGAGUGUGUUUUACCAGAUCCCCGGCAACAGGCGACGAUACGAUCUACGGCGAAUGGUUGCAAUCUUCGCAAGGCGAAGACGUGGUAGCUGGUAUUCGAACGCCCGAGCAAAUCGAAGAUAUGGCAAAAUUCGGAUUCGGCGACGCUUUGGAGGAGUUGAAAGAGGCUUGCGAUGUCCUCGAGAAGGCGUAUAAGAACAUGAUGGACGUCGAGUUUACCGUCGAAGAUAACGUGUUGUAUAUUUUACAGUGUCGGGUGGGCAAACGAACUGGAAUCGCGGCACUUAAAAUCGCCACUGAUCUCGUCGAGAAGAAUAAUCUGAUCUCUCCGAGAGAUGCCGUCGCGAAGUACGUCAACGUCGAACACAUCGAACAAGUCAUCCACCCGACGUUUCGUCGCCCGACGUUCACGUCUCUGGGAGGCGGUAUCGACUCUUGGAACGUUUUGGCGGAAGGACUAGCAGCCAGUCCAGGGUGCGCGUCAGGACGCAUCGCGUUUACAUCUGCGGAUGCUAUUAAAAUGCACAAAUUUGGCCAGAAAGUUAUCCUCGUCCGAGAAGAAACGAGCGCAGAAGACGUUGGAGGUAUGCACGCGAGCGAAGGAUUUUUAACCGCGCGCGGCGGGAUGACGUCUCACGCUGCCGUCGUGGCGCGGGGUUGGGGGAAACCGUGCGUCGCGGGAACAAAGUCCAUGCACUUUGUCGAUCACGAGUAUCAUGUUGCUCCGCAUCCUCGCCUUGAGCAUAUUGACCUUACCACGCAUCCCGACGCGCUCGAACCGGCCGAUACGCCAAGAACUAUCGUCGAACGAUCGGUCGUGUUCGAAGAGUAUCCGGACGUUUCGUUCAGAAAAGGCGAUUUCAUAUCCAUAGACGGCACGCGAGGCGAAGUCAUCGAAGGUGAAAAAGAGUUGGAACCGUUGGGAACCGCCGUAAAAGACAACAAAGCGUUGAUGGAUUUCAUGGAAUGGGUCGACGAUAUCCCAUCCGAGACCGUCGUUUACGCGAACUGCGAUACGGAGAAAGAAAUAAGGUUCGCCAUGGAGACGUUUGGGGCAAAAGGUGUCGGUUUAUGCCGCACGGAACACAUGUUCUUAGCAUCUCCCGAUCGCGUUCGAUGUGUUCGCCAGCUAUUCCUCGCGAGCGACGAAGACGCUCGCGCAAAGGCUUUGGCGGAUAUCGAACCGAUCCUGAGAUACGAUUUCGCAAACCUUCUUCACGCCGUGGGACACGAGAAGUCCAUCACGAUUCGUUUGUUAGACCCGCCCGUGCACGAAUUUCUACCGAAAGAUACCGAGUUAGACGAUCCGGAGAUCUUGGAAGAAAUCACAAAGUACUGCGGCGUCUCCGAGACGACGUUGCGCGCGAAAAUCGCAAAGUUACGCGAAACGAACCCCAUGUUGGGAAAUCGAGGAUGUAGGUUGGGAAUCUCACAUCCGGGAAUUACGGCCAUGACCACUCGCGCUAUCGCGCACGCGUAUUACGACGCGCACGAGAAAACUGGCAUCCAACCGGUCGUCAAAAUCAUGAUCCCGCUCGUCGCUACGGUCAGUGAAUACCUCCAACAAGUCCACAUCAUUGAUCGCGAGAUGCACGCGGCGUAUUUGGCGAGACGCCACACGCUUCGCUUCGCCAAAGAACACUUUGAAAGCCGAUUGGCAAAAGAACGCGAAUACGAGCUCGAUUACCAUCCGUUUAAAGUCGGGUGUAUGCUCGAAACGCCCCGAUCUUGCUUAAUCGCGAAGAACUUGAUCGACAUCGAAGAUGUCGGCGAGGAAAACUUCCCCCUUCGAGCGUCGUUUUUCUCUCUCGGCACGAACGAUUUGACGCAAAUGACAUUCGGCUACUCGCGCGACGACAGCUCGUUUUUCCAAGCGUACGAGCGCGAGAAAGUCGCCUUAGUCGACCCGUUCGAAAUUCUAGAUUGGGACGGCGUCGGUAAGCUCAUCAAAAUCGCCUUAAACGAGAUCACCGAGGAGGAAAAGGAGGAGGAAACCGACAAAGACGAAACCGGCAAACCGAAAAGUCGCCCUCGUCGUCUUCGUCGCCUCGCCGAAGUCUCCGCGUGCGGCGAACACGCCGGAAACCCAAAAUCAAUCGAAUUUUUCGUGAGAAAUAAAAUAAACGUCGUCUCGUGUUCUGCCUUUCGCGUGCUCGGUGCGAGGUUAGCCGUCGCGAAAGCGCAGAUUCACACGGAGGAGGACGAAGAACGCGAAAGAGAGUGA